AUGCUCCUUUCACCCCUUUUCGCCCUCGCCAUGGGGCAUGUACCAGCCCCUUCACCUUGGCUCGGAGAACUACUUUCUCCGCCCAGAGUUGCCCUUAAAAGGUGGAGGUCUCGGAUAUUCGGGGCAUUCGUGGAGCAUUCGCUCAACACUAAUCAACGGAGCCGUUUAUCCCCGCCGUUUCAACACUACUCGACGGUGCCAUCUACGCCCGCCGAUACAACACUUCUCCACGGAGCUAUUCUCGCCUGCCGACCCUCCACUUCUCGGCAGAGGUUCUCACUUCCAGCCAACAGCUCCUCCAACCACUUCCCCAAAUCAUGGGUCGCCAUGGCGUGGAUACUAAAAGUGCAAGACAUUAUACUGGAAGAGUAUCACACUACACUUGAAAUUCCUGUGUUCCUCCAGGAACUCAUGAAAGAAGAGAUCAAACUCAUCAGAGCCCGCGAAAAGAUUGACAAUGACAGAAAGAAUGAAUUUGCAGAAAAAAUUAAUCACAUCUGCAACAUCCUCCUCCAAAAGAACGCAAGGAGAACCGAAGAGAAACUGCGAAGGGUUCUCAGAGCCAUAAACAAGCAAGACAUCAUUGACAAGGCGGAUGGGACCCCAGAGAAAUUCCAGGAGGAGAGCCAUCUUCUCCUGAACGCCUUCGGUGAUCUCGGGCCGGAGGAACGACUUCGAAUCCUUUACCAUUUUGACAAACUCAAGAAGGACGAACGUAUUAAAAUCCUGGAUACCUUUUACGAUAUCCAGCCGGAUGAGCGUCUUGAAGUCAUUUACCAUUUUGACAAACUCGAGAAAGACGAGCGUAGGAAAAUUCUGGACACCUUUUUUGAUCUCGGGGAUGACCAACGUCUUGAAAUCCUUUACCACUUUGAAAAAUUCUCGAAGGACGAGCGUCUUCGAUUCCUUGACACUUUUGGUGAUCUCCGGGCGAACGAGCGUCUUGAAAUCCUUUACCACUUUGACAAACUCGAGGAGAACGAGCGAAGUCGAAUCCUGGAUACCUUCUGCGAUAUCCAAAAGAACGAGCGUCUUGAAGUCCUCCACCACUUCGGUGAUCUCCGGGAGGACGAGCGUCUUGACAUACUUUACCACUUUGGCAAAUUCGGGAAGGAAGAGCGUCUUCGAUUCCUUGACAUUUUUUGCGAACUUCUGCCUGAGGAGCGUCUUCGAAUCCUUCACCACUUAGAUAAACUCGAAGAGGACGAAUGUUGUAAAAUCCUGGACACCUUUUUCGAUCUUCUAGAGGACGAUCGCCUUGAAAUACUUUACCACUUUGGUAAAUUCAGGAAGGAGGAACGUCGUCGAUUCCUUGAGCAGUUUGGCAAACUCCGACCGGACGAGCGUCUUCGUAUCCUUCACCACUUCCAAAAACUCGAGAAGGACGAGCGUGGUAAAAUCCUGGACACCUUUCGCGAUCUCCGGGAGGAUGAGCGUAUUGAAAUCCUUUACCACUUCGGCAAAUUCGGGAAGGACGAACGUCGUCAAUUCCUGGACUCCUUUGGGGAUCUCCGGGAGGAAGAACGUCUUGAAAUCCUUUACCACUGUGACAAACUCAGGGAGGAGGAGCGUAGCCGACUUCUUCAUAUCCUUGGACCCGCCUUAUUACCAGAGUUGGAUGAGAAUCAUCAAGGCACCCGACUGGUUGAACUCAGCCCAGGCAGUGAUGAAUUCAGAGACGUUGCGAAUCAUAUGCAAGGAACGAUCAGAGAGCACAAGGGGAACAUUGGAGGCAUAUUUGAACAGUACGACAUUAUCAAGAUUGAAAAGAUUGACAACUCAAGGUUGUGGUCCAAUUACACUCAUCGAAAGAGUGCAGUAGCUGGGGAAAACGGAGGCGAUGCAAAUGAAGAAAUCCUGUUUCACGGGAUCUACUUUGCGGACAUCUCUUCAAAAAGCAACCAGCAUGUGUAUGGGAAAACAGGCUGUCCGUCGCAUGGUGUGCGUUCCUGCUAUGAAUGCACUAGGCAGAUGCUCCAAAGCCGUGUGACUCUGGGAAAGCCGCACUGUACUCUGAAUCCAAAGAAGUUGACAAAUCCCCCUGCAGGAUACCACUCCGUGAUUGGAGUACCUGCUGUUGGGGGCCUCCAAUUCCACGAAUAUAUUAUCUAUCGUUGUGAACAGGCCUAUCCUGAGUACUUGAUAACCUACAAGAUCGGGAAUCCAAAAAAGAAAAAGGCCUACAAGGAGCCCAAGAAGCUUCUCAUGGACGCCAUGAAGAAGAAGCAUCUGAAGUUUUCUGUGGAGUACAUAUACCGGACUAGUGAAGACUGA